AUGCUUUCACCACCACCCACAACACCCUCUUCACUCGCACCAGCACUCUACCUGAUGCUCCUCGUCAAUAACACCACUUACAAAGAGACGCUGGGUGACCUUCACCAGCGCCUCCCCGCCACCACCACCACCAUUUCCAGCUUCCUCCCCGCUCCCUCUCAGACUGCACACCGUCCCCUUCUCAUCACCUCGUCUCAAGUACUGCUCGUGACUGCUGCCUACAGCAUGCCACGCCGUUACGAGGACCCGGACGGGGAUUCGAUGGAUGAGAGGAGCCCGUCGCCGUCGGCGCCCGCCUGGGAAGUCAGCUUCGGCGACGACCCUGCCAUCCGUCGUGAAACGGCCCACAAGCAGGGAAUUGCCAGCGCACUUGAGCGUCUGCGCAAGAAGACGGCUGCUCGUGCUGCCACCGCCUCGACUGCCGCCUCCACUACGGCGUCAGUUCAUGCUCCCGCUCCCCCAACCAUUGCCAACAAGGACCAACAGAGCGAGAAUGAUGACGACGACGACGACGUGUUCUAUGACUCGUCCGAGAACUCGGCCAUCGCCGCCCGCCCUACGCCCAAGUUUGUGAGGCGCAAGCAGCGUCCCUCGGAGAAGCGCCGCUUUGUCCACUCUUCGUCCGAGUCGGACAGUGAGCAGCCCGAGGCCGUCAAGCAGAACGCCGUGCGCGCCUUGGCCAAGUCGGCCGCCCGCUCCGCCAAGUCCAGCAGGCCUGCCGCGAAGCGUUCGAGGCUGUCGUCGGUGCCCGGUACGCAAGGUGCCACAGCCAGCUCCGCCAUUGCUGUCGACGACGACGACGAGGAGUUUCACGACUCUGUGGAGGAGCUCGCGCAAGAGACCGACACCGACGAGCAUGUCGCCGACGCGUCCUCCAUCCCCUCCUUAAGCUCUCAGCGCCGCGCAGCUCGUAACCGCCAGUCGCGUGCUGUGAUUGAGUCGCUUCCUCAGCGAGCUCGCGAGCAGGCGGCCCGGACCGCUGAUGUCGCCGACGCCGACCUGCCGCCCAUCUCUGACGGCGACCGUGAUAACUCUGUCAAGGAUUUUGUCAGCGCCGCACUUGAGAACGGAGGAGUCGUCGACGACCACGCCAAGACCGAUAUCGCUGCCUGGGCGGGUGCCACCGUGACACCAUCCCCCAAGACCUUUAUCCCUUGGACCUCGACUGCCUCACCUCCGUCGCCCGCUCGUUCCAAUGCCCCACGCUCUGCUCUCGGCCCUUCUCCUGAUUCUGCUACUUCUGGUUCCACCUCUCACUCGUCUCAGCCUCUUAACCCUCGCCCCGUCUCCACCGCUUCUUCUCCUGGCUCAGCCGCGCACUCGCCUGCGCCUCCUCAGCCUCGCCUCGUCUCCCCCGCUCGGCCACCCAACAAUGACCAGUCCUCACGCACCUUCGCGUCGGGCUCCGUCCGCGUCGAGACCCCUUCUGGCGGUGAGAUGCACCACAAGGUGGUGUGGACCAAUGGUCGCCAGACCUUGUGCCAGAAGUUCCUCACCGCCGAGGUCGCUGUCGAGUGGGCCGAGACGCUCGAGGACAGCAUCCAGUCCUUGGGCGCUUCCGAUGUCUCAGACGUCUGGAACACCUUCCGCGCCUGUGUCGAGCACGACCUGCUCGAGUCGGCCAAGAAGGAGUUCGCCAAGGAGAAGGAAGAGAGGGCAUUCUGGCUGUUUCUUGAGGAGAGCGCUCUGGCCGCCGCCAAGUGCAACGGCACCUGCGCCGCUCACUACUGCGUCGGCGAGAAGCACGCGCUGUACUCGGCGACCAAGGCGACCAACGAGGACCCCUUCGGCGACCGUGCGGUCAAGUGCACGGACAUGACCAGUCGUCUUCUCUGCGUAACCUGCGACGUCAGUCGCUGGAUUGCGCUGGAGGUGCAGAACGACCGUUGGGAGGAGUCGAUGAAAGGGAUCAUGAAGCGUGACGAGGCGCGCAGGUUGGCGUUUGGCAGCAAGACGCCGACUUUGACCGAGAGCCAGGCAGGCCGCCUGAGUCCCACUUCCGGCAUGAACGUUCUGCCCAAGCAAUCGCCCCUCGCCGAGGACGACCUCUUCUCUCGGAUCUCCAACUUCCUCGACGGCGACGCUCCGCCUCUCGCCCCACCGACUCGUGGGGCGGCUUGA